GACCAGGUCCGGACCCUGGUCUGACUCCGGUCGGACCCAGGGGUCCGUCCAACGCUGGCUGGCACCACCGACUCGGUGGUGCCAGCGACACUGACCAAUUCCUGACUCCUCUCAAUUACCUCUCAAGCUUGUAAUGCGACCCCUCACGAUUAGACCGAAAAUAUAACAAUGCAGGUUCUAUGGAUAGCCGUGGCAGACCCGUGAACUCGUUAUCGAUAUUGAGGCGAUAACUGUCACCAAACUCUCAUUACGCCCCCUUUGUCGAGCAAAGGGCCUUGAGCGCAUCAAGCAUGUCCUUCCGCAUCCUAGUCGGCUCGUACACGAACGAGAUCUACACCAUCUCGUUCGACCCCGAUACACCGAAGCUUACGCUUGAGUCCACGCUCACGGUCGGGCACCACCCUUCCUGGAUCACACCACACCCAACGGACCCCUCGCUCGUCUUCACUGGGCUGGAAAGGGACGGCGGCAAAGCGGUCGUGGUGAGGUAUGACGCAGAGGGCAAGGGGACGGUCGUAGGCGAGGCGCCGAGCGGCGGUGCGGAUCCCUGCACCCUGCUCGCGCUGGGCACGGAGCUCCUCAUUGGCAACUACUCGUCCGGCACGUUCGCAGACAUCCCCCUCACCUACGAGCCGCCACACCUCCAAGCAUCGAAGACCACGGUCCUGCAGUUCGAAGGGACGGGUCCGAACAAGGAGCGGCAAGAGGCGUCGCAUCCGCACCAAAUCUACUUGCACCCGGCGCGCGCAGAGCUCCUCAUCCCCGACCUCGGCGCGGACCUUGCGCGCCGGUUCGUGAGGGACGCGGGCGGGAAGUGGGUGCCGAACGGCGAGCUGAAGUACAAGGCGGGCGGCGGUCCGCGGCAUGUCGUGGUGUACAAUGACAUCCUCUACACCGUGCACGAGCUGACCAACGAGCUCAGCGCAUACCGCUUCCCGCCCGCCCCGGAGGAGGCUACGCACAUCGCCACGGUCCCCACGCUGCAGUUGGCUGACACGCCGCACGAAGCGGCCUCAAACAUGUUCGCAUCGGAGAUCCUCCUGCCCGCGCCCAACGCAUCCUUCCCAACCGCGUACGUCUACGUCUCUAACCGGGAUGACCCCUCGCCAGGUAACGACACCAUCGCCAUCUUCUCGCCGGCGGACUCGGAUGGUGGACUGAAGAUGGUCGCGGAGGUGCGCUCGGGACUGAAGCAUCUGAGGGGCAUGGUGUUUGGCGGGCCGGACGACAAGUGGUUGAUGGCGGGCGGGGUACACGGAGGUGGGGUGAAGGUAUUCGAGAGGAUCGAUGGCGGGAAGGGCCUGAAGGAGAUUGCCUCCCUUGAGUUGGAGGCUCCGACAGGCUUCUUGUGGAUCUAGGUGCAGAAACUGACUGCAUCCGUCGCUGUAGCAGCACAUCGAAAGACAUAAACUCGUUCAGGACAGUUUAUUGACUGUAAACGACGACGGCAAAUAUCCUGGCACGACUAUCAGCUUCCUUCGGCCUCUUCGUGCAAGUGACAGUGCGAUGUUAGUUGGUCUCAUUGCAUCCCACAUUCCUCAGCCUGACGUGGAGCGUUGUAAUGUCAUCUUUGCAGGUUCACAAUAUGAUAAGCGCACACUUGGCUCAGGUUUCCGUAUGCAUAUAUUCGAAGUAUCAACGUCUGC